UGUGCCCCUAACCCCGCGCGCAGACCGUGCCAUGGCCGCUCCGUGGCAGCUGCAGGCCCUUCUCUUCGCCGUCAACACACUGCUGCGCAAGCGCCGCUACCAUGCUGCGCUGGCCAUGCUCAAGGGUUUCCGGAACGGGGUUGUGUGAGUGGGGCGGUCGCGCGGGGUCGGGACUGAGGAACGGGCCUGGCUGGGAUCCGAGGCUCUGGUUGAAGGCUCGGUCCCGCUUCAUUGUGUGCUCUUGGGCAGCCUUUGUGUGUGUUUAGGUCUCAGUGUCCACUUUCUGCUCACUGGGUGCAGAAUUUUGGGUUCCAAACGCCUCCCCAGCUUUGAGCUGUGACCCCCACUCUGGGUACUUGCUUUGAUCGCCUUCCAUGUCAGUCCUUCUCUUCCCCGAUUUGGACCUAGUUCACCUCCCCCUCGUUGUGUGCCCGUGGGCCUCUGUGGUCUCAAUGACCCCAUCUGUCUCCUGCCUAUACUUCCCCAUUAAACUGCCCCAUGGGUUUGCAAGUCGCUUCUCAUGCCUCAUCUGUAUGACUCCAGUGCUCAGUCCUCAGAUGGCACAGGGACUCCUGGGUCCUGAGCCUCAGGAGUUACAAUGGAUGUAAGAGAAGUUGCAAAUGUUUGCUCCUGCCCUGGCCAUCAGAUCUGGAAGAGGUCUCGGGGUAUUAGUACUUAGAGGAGAGCUCAGCCUCCUUUAAACCUCAAGCAUAAGAGUUACCAUUUAUUGAAGGCCUACUCUGCCAGAUACUGGGGACACAGCAGAGAACUAACCGAAGAUCUGUGUUCUCCUGGAAUUGAGUCCUAGUGGCAGUAGGGCAUGGUGGUGAGGAUAUGGACUCUGGAGCCCGAUUGCCUCAGUUUGAAUCCUGGUGCCACCAGCCUGUGUAAUCCCAGAGGAGGUCACGGUGAUGUUUUGAAGGCUACGCUGGAAAUUGCCAGGAGCAGGAGAGCAUUCCAGGCAGAGGAAAUGGCUUGAGCAAAGACCUGGAGGUGGAAAACAAAAUGCCGUUUGUGAAGAAAAGCCAUCCAUUUAGGGUGGCUCCUAGCUAUGGAAUAAAAAUCCGGGCCCCUCACGCGCUGGUCAUGACCUUUCUCUUUCGGAGUGGCAGCCUCCGGGAGAAGCUGCGGGCCAUUCUGCAGGCCACAUAUACGCACUCCCGGAAACUGGCCUGCUUCGUGUUCGCUUACAAGGGGCUCUGCACCCUGCAGUCCCGCAUGCAGGGUGAGACCCGCCAGUUGCACUCAUUCCUAGCUGCCUUCAUCGGGGGCUGGCUGGUGUUUGGAGAAAACAGUAACAUCAACAGCCAGAUCAACAUGUACCUGACAUCGCGUGUCCUGUUUGCCCUGUGCCGCCUGGGUGUGGAGAAGGGCUACAUCCCUCAACCCAGGUGGGACCCAUUCCCGGUGCUCACGGCAGUGGUGUGGGGGUUGGUGCUGUGGCUCUUUGAGUACCACCGGCUCACGCUGCAGCCCUCCCUGCAGUCCUCCAUGACCUACCUGUAUGAGGACAGCAAUGUGUGGCACGACAUCUCAGACUUUCUCAUCUACAACAAGAGCCGCUCCUCCGAGUGAUUUGGCCCCGAGGGGCUAUCGGGACUGCCACAUCUGAGUCGGCUCCAGGUGAUGUCUGGCUGUGGCUUGAGGUUUGGCUGUAUCAGCAAACCCUCCCAGAGGAUCCUGCCUCUCCGUGGGCUUCGGCUUCUAACCUUUGUUAUCCCAGGGUUCCAUUCGCCAAAGUAAAAGCACUGAUUUUCACCUCCCACCUAGGUACUCUUCAAUGGUGGAACAAAUGCCCAAAUCAGGCUGAGGAGCCCUGGGCCUCAGGGGUCAUAGAGCUCAGAGGAGAGGCCCGGAGGUCUCUUUCUGCUGGGUAUGUUCUUUGUUCUUCUUAUGUAGCAAAGGGCUCUUUGCUGGCAGGCAGUGGAUUGCAAAUCCUUUUUUUUAUAAAAAAAUAUUAUGUUCCGUAUCUCAGGUUUUCUAUUGGAGAAGCUCUAGAGUCCAAUAGAAACACAACGUGAGCCUUCUAUGUAAUUAAAAUUUUUCUAGUAGCCACAUUUUAAAAAAUGAAGAGACAGGUGAAAUUAAUUUUAAUGAUAUUUCUAACCUAAUGUUUCCCAAAGCUUAUCAUUUCAACAUGUAAUUAAUAUAAAAAUUAAUGAGCUAUUUUAUAUUUUUAUUGGUACUAAGUCUUCAAAACUGGGAGAAUAUUUUAUACUUACAGCACAUCUCAGUCAGGACUGGCCACAUUUCAAGUGCUUGGUAACCACACAUGGUUGAUGGCUACCAUAUUGGAUAGUGCAGAUAAAUAACACUUCCAUCCUUGUAGAAAAUUCUAGUGGACAGUGCAAAUUGAGAGCUAGAAGACCUGGGUUGGAGUCCCUACUCCACCACAGUAUAACCUUAGAUGAGGUUCUUAAACUCUCAGAGCUUCAGUUGCCUAUAAAAUGAGGAAAAUCAUAAUAAUACCUGGCUUCCACAGUGGACUUGAGCAACUGCAACUGCUGCUACUACUACUUCCUCUUGGUUGCUUUGCACAUAGUAUUUCUAAUCCAUACAAGGAUCUUGCAGGUAUAUUUUGAUUUCCAUUUUAUAGAUGUGGAAACUGAGGAUUGGAGAGGGGAGGCACCUUGCCCCAGGUCACACAGCUAGUAUGAUAGCCAAAGCAGGGUUUAAACCCAAAUCUAUCUGAUUUCAAAGCCCAGGAGUUUUUUUCUUCAGUGCCUUGCUUUAAAUUUAGAAACCUAAGCUCUGCUUUACAAAUGUUUGCUAGUUAUAGGAUCUGGGUGGAAGGGUGGGGAGCAAACUCAAAUAAUCACAGGAGCCUGGCAAGUGGCAUAAAUGAAAAUGGCAGUGCAGUAGGGAAUGGUGGGAAUAUGGUGAACUGGAUUUGAUUUUUUUUUAAAAAAAGCUCCCUUCUGGACAAAUCAAAUAGGUCUCUGGAAAGAUUUGGCCUAUGGGCCAUGAAUUUGAGACCUUUGGACUAGUAGAAAUACUUCUAUUAAUGUGGUUACCCCAUCAGUUUCUCUUUAGAUUUUAGAGUUACUAGUCGAAAUGUGCAUCUGCACAUGAGUUACUGAGGAUCUUAUUAAAAUGCAGAUUCUGGUUGAGUGAGUCUGGGAUGGGGCCUGAGAUUCUGAAUCCCAGGUGAGGCUGCUGCUGCUGCUGCUGAUCUGUGGACCACACUUUGAGUAGCAAGAUAGUAGAGAAUGAUUUGGGGCCAGGCACUGUUAUUAUCCCAUAUGACAAAUGAGGAAACUGAGUCACAGAGCUGUUAGGUAAUCCAGGUGGGAUUAUAUCUGACUCUAAAACCAGUGUUCUCAGCCAUAAUAGUACACUGCAAGCUUGGAGAAGGUAAUUUUGAAGGUCCUUUAACUCACUCUUUAGAGGCUGAACAAGGAAGUUGGCCCACGCCAAGUUGGGUUUUAGAGCAGACGCUGUGGUGCACCAGUGUAUUUUUCCACUGCCACACUAUGUGUCUGCCUGAGGGCUCUCGCUUGCCACUGGUGCCCACUCUCCCACCCUGUGGCAGACCUGAUGUGCUGGGGUAUUAACACAUCCUGGGAGCCAGCCCUCAACCAACGACUGACAGGAGUAGGGAUAGAUACCCCCACCUCCUGGCUGCGAUAACUCAGGGGUGCGUGUUCUUCUCUGGCUCUCAGAUGCUCCGGCAGAUUGAGCUCUGGCUACCACACAGUGGUAACUUGCUUGAUGACACCCUUCCCUGUCUCACAUCCUCACUCCACUGCCAACACUUACUGCUACAACUCAUACAAACCAACCUCACUCAAAUCCUUGUCUCGGGGUCUGCUAUGGGAAGUACCCAAAAUAAGAUUGGUCUGUGGUACUGCAGGUUUGCAGGUAGUAUAAAAUGGUGGUGAAGGACAGACUUUGGAGACAGACUACCUGGGCUCGAGCCCUGUCCUGGUUACUUCCUUAGGCAAGUGACAAGAGGCCAGUCUGUGCCUUUGUUUCCUCAUCUGUAAAAUAGGAGUUUGAAUCGUGCACACCUCUCAGGGUGGUCUUGAGGAUUAAACCAUAUGAUGCAUGUAAAGUGAUUACCCACAUGAACACUCAAUAAAUGUUUGCUGUUAUUUAAAAUAAAUUAUCCAAACGUGGAAAGAAACCUGGUCAUGAGAACUGCCUGAAGCCUGUGUUUAGCCUGUCCUGCCCCUCAGGCUGAAGGUAAAGCCUUGGCUGCUUGCCCUUCUGACAUCCCGCCACUGCUGCUGGGGGCUGGCCGGCUCCACCACCGACUGUCUCUGCUCUCUAAGAAUAGGUUUCCCUCACAGAUGGCAUCUCUCUGAAUCCUGCCAGAGCAUCUGGUGGCUCCAACUGCACUCCAGGGAGGAAGGCGGUGUGGUCCUUGCUGAGGAGCAGAGCUUCCAGCAGACUUGGGGGGAGUCCCACCCAGCUCCUUCCUAGAUGAGCCACUUCUCCUGAUAUCUGUAAAAUGGGGAUCACCAGAGGGCCCUUGGUCCACAGUAGGCGCAUCAUGAAUGCUAAUUCUGGAAGCAGGACAGAGGUUUAACAUGUAUUCAUUAAGCAAACACCUGCUACAUUGCAGCUAAGUCUUCUGACAUGCAAGACUAAAAAAUAUUUUUAGAUCAAGAACACAUACUGAUAGUACAAAACUCUAACCAUAUAAAAAGUAUAUAACAGGGAAAAUUCAGGUUCCCUCUCACACCCAAACGCCAGCCCCAAUCCCCCUUCUCUGCCAGGCUGCCCACUGUGAGCCUUUUCCUGUACAGUCUUCCUGAGAUACUCUAUGCACAGUCACCAUCUUUGUUUCAUAAGAAACUUUCACAUUGCACUGUCAUCCCAACUCUCGGCAGCCCCUCCUUGUCCUCUGCAUGGUUGGUUUCUCUUGGAUCAGUAGUCUGGUAUAAAAGUCAAUCCUCUCUUCCAGUGGGUACCCCGUUUCCUGCAUAUCUUGGGCAGGUCCUUUCUGUGAUCCGCAUGGGGCUGCACUUGAUGCCCUGAGCCUUUCGGUAAAGGACACCUGCUGAACGCCAAGCGAAAGGGGAAGGAUGAAAACGAAGUUAAUUUGGGGCCCUUCUGCCACUCAGUUCCCAAAUUAGAGAUUGUUAAGUGAGCCCAGGCAGAGCUGUGAUUCAGAGGCUAAGACGCCAAGAAACUGCCUCCCCUGGUGCUCGCAGCCCCGGCCUCACAUCCCAGGCUCCAGGAAGGGGCCUGGAGAUGGCGUUUCUUUCCACAUUGAGUGUUUCUCUUGCUUUCUGAGUGCAUUUUAGGUUUAUAAGAUCCUAAAGCACAGCAUGGUGCCGUCCUCCAGUGAACCCCUGGUCAACACAGUCUGUGACUUUGAAUGUCUUGUUUUGUAGAUUCAUAGGGAGAGAGCAUGACUGUCUCGUUCCAUUCUCAGGGAGAGAGGGUGUUCUGGUUUGCUAAUGCUGCCGGAAUGCAAAACACCAGAGAUGGAUUGGCUUUUAUAAAAGGGGGUUUAUUUGGUUACACAGUUACAGUC